AUGGAUGUUGUAGAAAUUCUGAAAAUCCGUACUUCUCCAAGGAAUAGGCAUGACUUCAUUGGCUGGUCUCCUGAGCCUCGUGGUAAUUUUACGGUCAAGUCGGCGUACAAGCUAGCUACUGAAUCACAUGAUGAUAUUCACGCUGGGGGUGCUAGCAGUAGUAGACCGGACGGCAAUCGGACAAUCUGGAAUUAUAUUUGGAAAUCUCAGGUCCCGCUCAAGAUGCGCAUCUUGGCGUGGAAGACGGCGAGUGGGGCGUUAGCUACUAACUUGUGCAAGGCUCAAAGCAGUGAACCGUUAGUUGGGUACAAGCGCCAGAGGAGUAAGGCAAUUAUCUGCCGAGGGAAGCGCCCUGAUGAUAUUGUGAGUAAUGAGAGUCUUCCCGGAGAUGCUGAAAAUGUGAGUGACAAAAGCGGUGGUGUGGAUAAGCCACCAAAUCCAAAGCGGCAGAAAACCGAAGGAAACGAGGGUCGUAGGAAUAGGGCAUCGCCUGCAAGGCUGUUCAAAUUGAAUAAAGAGUUGGUUUCUAAUCAAAAAGGUGUUAUUAUUGGAAAAGAGUUUGGAGGCCUGCUGGACCUUGCAGCGAACAGCAUGCCUGGCGAUCUUAGUCAAUGGAUAAUGAAGCAUUAUGAUCCAGAGAUGUCACAGAUAGUUAUUCCAGAGAGGGGGAAGAUUCCAGUAGAUGCUGCGAGUGUUCGGAGGAUAUGGGGUUUGCCAAAUAGGGGGAGAAAAGUCUGUUACGAAAACCGCCCUGAGAUCACAAAGGCAAUGUUCAGGAUUUACAAUAUCACUUCAAAGAAUUCACCAUCUCUCACAGCAUGGUGCAAGAUGAUCAAAGAUAUGGCAGGAGCUCACGAUGACGACUUCCUACGCGCAUGGUUGUCUCUUGUCUUCUCUUGCUUCCUUGCACCAUCUACAAGUUUAAGCAUUUCACCAAAAAGCUUCCCUGCGGUCAUGGAUGUAAAUGGAAUAACUGAAACCAACAUAUGCCAGUUUGUGGUUGAUCAACUAAAGCUAGCAUUCAAAUCAGGUCGUGCCAAGAAGGCCGUUUGUUGCUGUGUUUUCCACCUCGUAUUGCUGUAUCUAGACUCUUUGGAUGUUGAUGAACCAAUUCCCAGCUUGGUACCAAGGGUUUCAGUUUGGAAUUCAGAUUUGAUGGCAAGAGUUAUCAAGAAGGACAGGAAAGCUCCCGGGGAAUAUGGGAAACUGCGGGUAGGAUUUUUGCUGGGGCAGUUAUAG